AUGGGUGCCAUGAUGAGACUAGAAGAAUCAAUUUAUUGGGGUGGAGAGCAUACUGACAUACAUUGGAGUUGGACCGUUGGUGCAUUAAAUUCUGGAGUUAAAAUAGUUAGAGAAAUACUUCUUGAAAAUUUAAUGGGUGAUAAAUGGUCUGAAUUAAAGAA